AUCCUCAUGAGGGGGCAAUGGUUCCUUUCUAGGGAAUCUAGGGUUAUUUUAGACGUUCAUCUACGUGCCAUAGAUCCUAUAUAAGGCCUUCUAACUCACCCCACUUCUAGUUCAUAAACAAGUAGAAUCCUAACCGCUGUGAUAAAUAUAUAUCAAGAACAAAGCAAUUACUUUGAUGUAAACUUGCGCUCUGGUCAAUGGCGGACAUGCAAAUUGUUCUGGCUUGCAAAAAUGUGGAAGCACAGUACGUGGAGAUGAUGGUGCCUCUCUACUCUUAUGGGUGUGGAAAGAAAAUAAAAAACACCUUAUCCCAUCUCAAAGGGAUAUAUUCAGUACAAGUGGAUUAUAAUGAACAAAAGGUGACUGUGUGGGGAAUUUGUAACAAGCACAAUGUGCUAGCAACAAUAAGGAGCAAGAGAAAAGAAGCACGUUUUUGGAACCCGGAAGAUAACAUGGCAUCGGAAGAAUCACCAUCACCACCGCCUUCGGAUCCUCCGAGAGAGUCGAAGUCUUAUUUUGCUUUGACUAGGGUUCGGUCUCUAACCUUGAAAGCAUGGAAGAAGGUUUUCACUAGAUCAUAUUCCUUCUGAAGGAGGGAAUUAAACUCAAUUUAGAUGGUGAAUGAGUGUAAAUUUGGCAAAAUACACUGCUUAUUAUCUCAUUUUGUAAAUUACUAAAUAAUAUGCUUUUUCAAGCAUUUUAGUUCUCUUUAUAA